AGCGACCUCGGCCCGCCCUUGCUGAGGAACUGCCUCCCGAUUGGCGGAGAGGCGCCAGCGCGAGGCACUUCCGAAGCGGCCUCGCAGGAACUCGGGAGAGCGCCGUCUCCGCCAUGGCGGGCGGAGGGCCGGUGUGCUACGCGCUCCUGUGUGGUCAGGCGGCGCUGCUGCUGGGCAACCUGCUCCUGCUGCAGGGGGUCUCCCGGAGCCACCAGCACAACGCCACGGAGAGCCCCGCCGGCGCCGCGCAGGAGGAAGAGGGGCAGCAGCGGUCGCCUCACGCCACCUCCGCCGCCACUUCCGCCGCCGCCAGCGUCUGGGAGUAUCAAGGCCCGUACGCGCCGCUCGUCCUCUGCGACCACCUACCUGAAGAAUUCGUAGAAUGUGAAGCUCCUGUGGACCAUAACGGAAACAUAAGCGCACGGGAUGAAUUAGGCUACGGAUGUCUCAAGUUUGGUGGCCAAGCAUAUAGCGAUGUCAGCCACACUCGAGUCCUUUGCAGGGCAUUGGAUGGCAUCGAGUGCGCAGGACAGCGAACUUUUCUGCGUGGGAACAAGCCGUGUGUAAAAUACACCGGACACUACUUCAUUACCACUCUCCUCUACUCCUUUUUCUUGGGUUGCUUUGGGGUAGACCGAUUCUGCCUGGGCCAUACAGGAACAGCUGUGGGAAAGCUGCUGACCCUUGGAGGACUCGGCAUCUGGUGGUUUGUGGACCUGAUUCUGCUCAUUACGGGAGGACUUAUGCCCAGCGAUGGGAGCAAUUGGUGCACCAUUUACUGAAAAGCUAUCAUUCUGGCUGGACUUAAUCCAGAGAGGAAAAGAGAGUGGAAGCCUGGCUUAUAUGAAGACCUCCUGCUUGAGAUUAAUGCCAUGGCAACAAAAGAGACUGUGGUGUUGUAUUUGCUUUUCCAUGGGACUAGGGUGGGGUUUAACAGAAAAAACACAAACCAUGGUUCUGCAGUAUAUACCUCAUUGUUGAAGUUGUUCUCCUGCCUACAGGAGUUGUUGUUCUCCUGCCUAUAGGAAGCCUGUAAAUUUAUUUAUGAGUUUAAUGCAAUUUUUACACAUCAAGCUACACUGUAUUUCAGUUUGCGCCAUGGCAGUUGCUGAUGGGUGCCCAGUGCUUAGCCCUAGGUUCUCAUGGCUGUGGGUUUGGAAGAGGUUUUUAUAAUAAGUCCACAUGGCUAGAAUUAGCUGUCAGUAACUUGCAAGGUUGAAGGCUGAAUUAAAAGGUGGCUAUUUGAUGCUUAUUUACUUUGCGUUUGAGGAUAGUGGCACUAUUUUUUCCCUUAGAAUGCAAGUCAGAAGUUCCAUGGGAAAUGUCUUUGUACAUAAAUAGGGAAUCUCUGACAAUUCUUCCCCAUUCUUAAUCUCAUCUUGUGUUGGAGGUAUGGAGAAGCAACCCCCUUUCUUUAGCUACAUCAAGUGUAACUUAUUUAAUGUCAACCCCAGCAUGUGCUUGUGAAGUCAGAGAGCAGGGUCCUGGACCCUUGUCUCCUUCAAGCAGUGGUAUCUGUUGUCCCUCUUUAAGAGAAAAUUGUCAGAGACAGAUUUUUAAGACAAAUCAGUCAUACUUCAAAUUAACACAGAAGCAAAUCCUUGCUCUGGUACCUUAACCAAACCAUCCCUUCUAGAAUCCAGCCAGUGUUGGAACAUGUUAACAUGAUCAAUAUCAGCAGAAAAAUAAUCCAUGUAAUAGCGGUUGCAUGCCGACAGGAACAGGUUGCUGUCUUCUAGUCAGCUGGAGUGAAAUAGUAUGGCAAUUUCUAGGAUAUUUACCUUUCAAAAACUGAAAUCAAAAUGUAUUCCUUUUUGCAGUAUAAUGAAACAUGAUGGGCUGCUGAACUUUC